AUGAUAUCCACCAUCCCCCCACCCCGGCCCGUGUCGGUCAAUUCCUUGGCCAGAGCCCCAGGCUCUGUACUGGCAUCGCCAGUCCAGAAAACACUCCGCAGCACCAGCACGGGGAUUACACUUCACGAUAGCCUCUAUUCUCCCAGCUCCUCUCACUCAACUCCCGUGUCCGCGUUAUCUUACUCCUCGCUCGCCCCUCCCGACCUGUCCGCAUUCUCUUGCCCACGAAACUCUCCGCGGGAAGAAACAGAGUUUGCAAACCUCCCGAUUGAGAUCCACGAGGCGAUCAUCGAUCAUUUGUUCGGUGAGCGGGCAUCCGCGGCCAAGGCGAGCAAAUCGACCGUGCAGAACUGGGAGAAAGCCCUUCGACACCCCCGGCGCAAGGCGCUUUCGAACCUUUCGCUGAUCUCCAGAGUUUGGACACCACUCGUCCAAGGCCGCAUUUAUCGACACAUCAAGGUCAAAGGAACCAUUGACGGACUAGCUGAGUGUGCAGAAUGGUUUGCAGCACACCCGCACCUUGCCGGCUAUGUCCGACAUCUAGAAGUCUGGGUCCCUGUCUGGGGCAAUCGAGCCAUUCGGCUUCUACCACGCCCUCCGGGUCGACGUCCCAACGCCGCUAUACCAGACCCACUCGAAGCCAAUAUGGUAGCAGCCUGGGGUCAUGAAGACGUUCCUCAUGGCAACGAUAUCCACUACUACUCUUCCACGCAAAAUGCCACCUUGGACGAGAUAUUCCAACACAUCCAGAUCUUUUUCCCCGGUGCUCGGGUGCUCACGCUGGAAGGAGGGCAUUGUAAAAAUCCGCCUAUGAUUCGCCAUUUUCGAAACGAACCCAGCCAAUCCAGAGAGCUGCCCUCGCGCCAGAAUCUGCCUUUGCUCCCCAACGUCCAGACGUUUGUGAUGCGCGGUGCCUGGAACCUCAUGCGCGGUUGGGGUCACUGGUACACUCUGUCACAAGCGCUGCCAGCACUUCGAGAGUGGCAUUGCGCCUAUGCCCAACCAAAGCCAGAGAUCUAUUUCACCAUGUCGCAGGUCCUGGAUCGACCGCCGCCGUUGAUCCGCCAUCUGAACAUUAGCCUGGAAGGAUUCUACAACAACAAAGAUGCGGUUAACGCGGCGCUAUUCGGCGCUCGCGUGCAGGUUCCGCCAAUCUGUGGCUUGCUGGGUGCUAUUGCGCCGAGCCUUGAGACAUUGUCUUUUACUGGCAAGAUAUGCGUAGGCUUUUUUGAGUCGCUACGACGGCACGCUUCGUCGCAGUCGUCAGGCCUCAAGUCCCUGGAUCUGGUGGUUAAAACAUGCUGUCACGGCCCUGAACCAUCCGAUUCCAUUCCUCCCACCGCCCUUCUUUCGGGUAUCACCAAUAUCAAUUUUAUUUGUGCGUUCGAAGCCCUGGUGAUCGGAGCCGUGCAGAGUCUUGAAUGCCUCCCAUCGCUUGACAACCUGCGCAUUCGCUUCAUUGACCUGGACUCGACAUCUCCAUUGCUGAACCCGUAUUUUCAACUGACAGGCAACGAGUGUACGGGUCUAUGGAGCUACCCAAUCCUCGAAGCGCUGCAAGCCAGCCGUCCGUCAGCGCACUUCGUCGAACUCAACGACGGAAUCCACUCGCAUUUCGGAACCCACCAGCAGGCCUUGACGCUUUAUCCGCGCUCUCGUCCGAAGAGCAUUCACGUCAGCACGUACCGGGUGAUUGCUGAUGCAUCCAAAAUUUAG